GAGUCCACCUCAGUGGAUGUGCUGCUGAUGAACCUCAUCAGGGGGAACCUGCUUCCCUCUGCUCGCCUCUGGAUAACCACACGACCUGCAGCAGCCAGUCAGAUCCCUGCUGAAUGUCGUGGCAUGGUGACAGAGGUCAGAGGGUUCACUGACCCACAGAAGGAGGAGUACUUCAGGAAGAGGUUCACAGAUGAAGAACAGACCAGCAUGAUCAUCUCCCACAUCAAGACGUCACGAAGCGUCCAGAUCAUGUGCCACAUCCCAGUCUUCUGCUGGAUCACUGCUAAGGUUCUGGAGGAUGUGUUGAAAACCACAGAGGGAGGAGAACUGCCCAAGACCCUGACUGAGAUGUACAUCCACUUCCUGGUGGUUCAGGCCAAACUGAAAAAUGUCAAGUAUGAUGGAAGAUCUGAGACAGAUCCACCCUGGAGUCCAGAGACCAGGAAGAUGAUUGAGUCUCUGGGAAAACUGGCCUUUGAGCAGUUGAAGAAAGGAAACCUGAUCUUCUAUGAAUCAGACCUGACAGAGUGUGGCAUCGAUAUCAGCUCAGCCUCAGUGUACUCAGGAGUGUUCACAGAGGUCUUUAGAGAGGAGAGAGGACUGUACCAGGACCAGAGGUUCUGCUUCAUCCAUCUGAGUGUCCAGGAGUUUGUGGCUGCUCUUCAUGUCCAUCAGACCUUCAUCAACACUGGAGUCAAUCUGCUGUCAGAAGAACAAACCACAUCCCAGAGGUCUGGAUCUGCACAGACACAGUUCUACCAGACCGCUGUGGACCAGGCCUUACAGAGUCCAAAUGGACACCUGGACCUGUUCCUGCGCUUCCUCUUGGGUCUAUCAUUGCCGACCAAUCACAGACUCCUACAAGGUCUGAUGAAACAGACAGGAAGCAGCUCAGAGACCAAUCAGGAGACAGCUGAGUACAUCAAGACGAAGAUCAAUGAUAAACUGUCUGUAGAGAAAAGCAUCAACCUGUUCCACUGUCUGAAUGAACUGGAGGAUCAAUCUCUGGUGGAUCAGAUCCAACACUACCUGAGAGAUGGGGGUUUCUACAGAUACGGUCCAUCUCCUGCUCAGUGGUCAGCUCUGGUCUUCAUGUUACUGUCAUCAGAUAAAGAUCUGGAUGAGUUUGACCUGAACAAAUACUCUGGUUCAGAGAAGGCUCUUCUGAAUUUGCUGCCAGUCAUCAAAGCCUUCAGCAAAGCUGUGUUGAAUAUCUGUAACCUGUCAGAGAGAAGCUGUGAAGGUCUGUCCUCAGUUCUCAGAUCCCAGUCCUGUAGUCUGACUCAUCUGGAGCUCAACAACAUGGACCUGAAGGAUUCAGGACAGAAGAUCCUGUCAGAUGGACUAAGGAGUCCAGACUGUAAACUGGAGACUCUCAGGUUGAGUAUCUGUAACCUGUCAGAGAGAAGCUGUGGAGGUCUGUCCUCAGUUCUCAGAUCCCACUACUCUAGUCUGACUCAUCUGGAGCUUGACAACAUGGACCUGAAGGAUUCAGGACUGAAGAUCCUGUCAGAUGGACUAAGGAGUCCAGACUGUAAACUGGAGACUCUCAGACUUUCAGGAUGUCUGAUCACAGAGGAAGGAUGUUCUUCUCUGGUCUCAGCCCUAAAGUCCAAUCCGUCCCAUCUCAGACUGCUAGACCUGAGCUACAACCAUCCAGGAGCCUCAGGACAGGAGCUGUCUGCUCUAGUGGAGGAUCCACACUGGACACUGGACACUGUCAGGUUGGAGCCCAGUGGAGUCCGAUGGUUAACACCAGGUCUAAGGAAGUAUUUCUGUGAACUCACCCUGGAUCCAAACACAGCGAAUGAAAAACUCAAACUGUCUGAAAACAACAAGAAGGUGGAACUAGUGGAGGAGGUUCAGUCAUAUCCUGAUCAUCAGGACAGAUUUGAGUACUGGGAACAGCUGAUGUGUUCAACUGGUCUGACUGGUCGCUGUUACUGGGAGGUCCAGUGGAGUGGAGAGGUUUGGAUAUCAGUGGCUUACAGAGGAAUCAGAAGGAAAGGAGACAGUUUAGACUGUUGGUUUGGAUUAAAUGAUCAGUCCUGGAGUCUGUGGUGUUAUACAGGUGGAUACAGGGUCUGGCAUAAUAAGAAAUACACACCCCUCCCUCAGUCCUCCUCCUCCCCCUCCUCCUCCUCCUCCUCCGGUACAGUGUCAGUGUAUGUGGACUGUCCUGCUGGAUCUGUGUCCUUCUAUGAAGUCUCCUCUGACAAACUGAUCCACAUCUACACCUUCAAAACCACAUUCACUGAACCACUGUUUGGAGGAUUUAGACUCAGGACACAGGGAUCCUCAGCGUCUCUGUGUGAUGUAUAGAUGUGUUGUAUAGUUGUGUAGUUGUGUUUUGUAAAACAUGAACUUGAUCAAGACAAAUCAGUUGAAUUUUAACACAAUUCUGUCUGAGUUGAUCAUCUACAAAUACACAGAACAUUUAGAAACAACAAUAACAUGAAUCAGAGUUAAGUCUUCGUCAGUUAUUUUAUUUCUGAUGCUUGUUUUGUUGAUUGUACUUAAUUCUUUUAAUUUCUGUCAUAAAUUAUUUGUCCAGUGUUUUCAUUUUUCUUUUAUGUUCAUUAUUUUAUUGAUUUUUCUGAUCAUUUUGAGUUUUCUUUAUUCAUUUU